AUGUAUUCUGGUCCGGACUAUGGCUCGUUCAAUCUUAAAGAAUGUGCUCUUAGGUGCUUAUUUUAUGGUUCUGUUACAGAGGUUGUUCACAUGGAUUAUCCCAUGAUAUCCCAUGCAUUGGACAGGUCCUGGAUUCUUCAUGUUUCAAUUGCGGGUUCUGCCAAUGGAUUGAUUUGCCUUGUCACUAGGGACUUGGACUUUGUUCUAUGGAAUCCGUCAAUUAGAAAGUACAAAAAACCGCCUCAUCCUAGACCUACAUUGAGGUAUGAUGGACCCAUAUAUGGUUUUGGAUAUGAUGAGUUCCGUAAUGAUUAUAAGGUAGUGGGUAUUUUCUGUAAUUAUUAUUCAGAUCAAGUGGAAGUCAAAAUAUAUAGUCUAAAGAGUGAUUCUUGGACAAGGGUUGACGAUUGUCAAGACGGGCUGCAAUUCUAUGGUUUAGGUAAGUUUGUGACGGGAAAACUUCAUUGGCCUACUGAUCGUAUGUAUGAGGACUGGAACAUCAUUUCCUUUGAUUUGGCUAAUCAAAAGUGGGGAAAUGUGGAACAACCUUGCUAUGGACAAGGAGAUAUUGCUUUGUGGCUGGGAGUGUUAGGAAAUGAUCUUUCUGUCUUUAGUGAUUACUACAGAAUUCGAGUAGAUGUUUGGGUUAUGAAGGAGUACGGGGUAAAAGAAUCUUGGACAAAGAUGUUUACCGUCAAUUAUCCUGUUGAUCCAGUGUUGGAUGGUCAUAUGUUUUCGCUACCCUCUUUCAUGUCGAAUGAAGGUGAAAUUGUGGCCGUGUUUUAG